UACAUUUAGUUAAGAACUUCAAGAAAAGAUAUACAUGGAAGAUAUUUGAAGAAAAUCUCUAGCCAGCAGCAUAUUCUUGAAGCCCAUACUUCUUUGAGAAGCAUUGGACACUAAUGGAGGAAGCAUGUCCACCAACAAUGGAUUAUAUAAGGCAAAACCAUACCAAGAUAUGGGUAAGAAGUCAAUUCUUGACCCAUUGCAAGGUUGACUAUGUCACAAAUAACUUGGCAGAGUGUUUCAACAAUGGGAUAAAGAAUAUCAAGGGCCUGAAUUUGGAUGAUUUGAUGGACAAUUUCAGGCAACUUAUAAUGGACAAGUGGGAUAUUAGAAAGGAUAUAUCAAACAAGAUGAAAGGAGACAUUUUGCCACACAUCAUCAAGAAUUUGAGAGAGCAAAGUAGAAAUUUGGAUAUGGAUGUACAGAGAAGUGGGGAUAUUCUUGAAGAGGUUUCUGUGAAAGAUCGUAGUGGCUACAAAUGUGUUGUCAACCUACAAAAUAGAACUUGUUCUUGCAGAAAAUGAGAUGUCACAGGCAUACCUUGCAAACAUGUCAUUGCAUUUAUCACACUUCUUAGGGAACCUUUGGAGAAAUAUAUUGACACAUAUUACUCGGUUGAGAAAUUCAAAGCUGCAUACAUGGCUCUAAUCACUGCCAUGGCUGACAAGGCACAAUGGGCACAAUCUAACCAUGAUUUCUUCAUGCAUCCACCACUCAUAAAAUCUACAGCGGGUAGAAGGCAGAACGAGAGGUUCAAAGGUUGUACUGAGGCUAGUGGCGGUGCAAGGCCGAAAGGUAAACAUCAGUGCCCUAUUUGCAAGGGAUAUGGCCAUCGCUGGUAUAAUUGCAAGGAUGGUGAUCCUGAUGAUAUAGCAGCUUUACUAGCUGAAAAGGGUCCACCAAACAAAAAGAAGAAAACUACUGCACCAACAAGUGAGAGCAGCAUUGUACCUAUUGGUUCAACACAAAAAACAAUGCAAUUUCCUCCUAACCAAAGUGCUUCAGCUAGCUUAGGUUCUGGACACUCUCUCAGGUCUGGAAGUGGCUCAAACCAGAUAUAGCAAUUUUCCAUUGAGUACCCUAUGGUACCUACACGUGAAAGCACACCACCACCAGCUACCUCGAAGCCUACAAAGGAGAAGAAAUCGAAGGGGAAGGCAAAGACAGUAGGGACGGAAAAGACAACAGGUAAGUUGAAGAAGAAACAAGUUUCAGUGCCACAUGAUAGUCCAGCGAUGGGUACUAGAAGCAAGACAACCCCCCACAAGCAUAGCCCUGUCUCACAUACUAGAAGCAAAAAAAAGCUUUCACUGCCAGAUCUGAAUGUCUAGUUGUUGUUAUGUAUGGGCUGCAAGUUGAUGUGUCAUGUUUUGCUUGCUCUUUAUAAAACCUAGACUAUGUGCUGUUAUUUUGCUGGAACCUUGUGAGGUUGUUGCUGCUGUUUUUGGCAUGUAUGGACAGCACUUGUUGCUAGCAAUGAUGCAUAUUUGGACAUCCAAAAUUAGUUGUAUGAACAAAACUCGCAGCUUGCAAUGUAAUUAAUAUAUUUGACA